GUCUGGCCGUCCUCAGCGAGUACGAACAGAAUCAUCUCCGAUCAAUCACUAUGCUGGGCCAACUCGUGGGAUCCGCCAUGCUCUUGGUCGCUACCGCGAUCUUCCUCUACUACACGGCAUGGACUCUUCUGAUGCCGUUCGUUGACCCUGGCCAUCCGCUCCACGACCUGUUCCCUCCCCGCGUAUGGGCUAUUCGCAUCCCCGUUUUCCUCACCCUUCUGGCCUCCGCCGUGGUUGGUACCUUUAUCGGGAUCGUGAUGAUCAACAGCAACAAGAAGAAGGCCGCCAAGGCCAAAGCCGCCGCAAAGAAGAAGACUUGAGCCUCUGCGACUGUCUGCAAAGACUGCGGGAGAUAAAAGGGGGACGUGUGUCAAGGAGCAUCACCUCAGGGGUUGGAACUGAAGACCGGUUUGUCUGGCAGAGUUGUCGUCAUUAUACCUACAGUACCGAUUGUAACAAUACUUCUUUUGCCCCUUUCGUUUUUCUUCAUCGGGAUGUCUUUUCCAUGUAGGUUUACUCCAGCGA